AUGAAAAAGGAAUGGGUGAAAGGAGAGAUAGAGAGGGAUGUAGAGAGAAGAGCAGGAAGAAAGGAGAUGAAGAAGAAGGGAGGGAUAAGAGAUGAAAAGGGCUACAUUAAAGAAGAGAUAAAGAAAGUGGGAUGUUUCACGGUGUUUGUGUCAGUGUGGCUCUUUGAGGUCAUCAUCCUGCUGUCACUGUUAGUUGGAGCGUUUUACAUCUACACCAGAAUCUUCAAGAAACAGAGAGCAGCUGCGACUGCAGUGUCCUCAGUGGAAGUGGAAGACAGCUGCUUCUCCAGUUUGAAAAGGAGAGUGUCCUGUUCCUCUGAUGGAGACCAGCUCCACAUCAGCUGGACACUUAGUGGAUUGGCACUUGGAUACCAGCUGGUUGAUGGGAACAAGACUCUUUUAUUGGAUAGAGAUGAUGCUGGAAAUUUCACGUGCUAUGUGCAAAAUCAUGUUAGCCAUGGAGAAAACACUGCUAAACUGAGCCAGUGCCCUGACUGGCUGAUGAUCCCUCAUUACAGAUUUAAUCAGAUUGAUCCAUGUCAUGGAGCUGUUGGACACUCACUGUACCUGCAGCUGAUAUCCAAGGCUGAUCAGUUGAUCUUAACGAAGAACAACCGUGGAGCUGAUCCUGAUCACAUUUUCAGAUUUAGAAAUCAAAAAAUCACAUUACACCAUCCAGAUUAUCAAAGGUGGCAUUUUGUUACUGAUAGCAGAACCAUAAUAAUAAUCAGUGCAGAGAAAAGAGACUCAGGAAGAUACAUUUUAGAUACAUUUGAUUCAAGAGGGACAUCACAGGGCAUUUAUCAUCUCCAGCUGAUUACUGAAGCCACAGUGUCCUCUGUGGAAGUGACUGACAGCUAUUUCUCAAGUGAGAAGAGGAGAGUGUCCUGUUCCUCUGAUGGAGACUCCCUCCACUUCAUCUGGACUCUGAGUGAAAUCGCACAAGUGGCUGAUGGGAACAAGACUCUUCUGCUGGAUAAAGUUGGGAAUGUCACCUGCCAUGUAAAGAACCAUGUUAGCCACGGACACAAAACUAUUGAAUUACAAAAGUGCCCUGGUUUCAUAGUGUUUGUGUCAGUGUGGCUCUUUGAGGUCAUCAUCCUGCUGUCCCUGUUAGUUGGAGCAUUUUACAUCUACACCAGAAUCUACAAGAAACGCAGAGCAGCUGAAAUCUUAACCAGAGAAGAAGGUAGCCGCACUGUUCUUCUUCCAUUUUCUGCCUGAGGGGACCCUUCAACAUCAACUCGGUGCUGGCAAAAUCUCCUCCAAGCGUCUGCUUAGUUCAAAGAUUCCCAGUCCAUGGUUGACACUGGAACUGGAACUACUUUUUUGGCAUCCAAGAACUGACUCUCCUCUAAACAUGACAUAUAUGAGUUGUGGUUGAAAUUUGUGUAUGCACCUGAAAAUCUGACUGCAGUCACCUCAUCAAAGUUGGCCACCCUGGCUAGGCUAGAGAAGCCAUCUAGCAGUAGCCUAGCUAGGAGGUACCAAAUACCACCGGACACUCCAACACCUGCCAUUCAACUUUGCUUACUUAGAUUUCACUAAUUAUCAUCUAAACUUAUGCCAGUCUAGCUUUGGUUAGCCAUAAUUGACCUGGUCAGGUAAUGAGCAGAGAUGGUAGCAUGCUAAACUAAUGCUCUUGAGCUUCUCUCUCCUAACUAGCAUCACUUUUUUACAUUUAGCAAAAUUUGUUAGGCUUAUUGUUUUUUUGUUU